AUGCGAUGGACGGAGGAAGAUAAUGUCCUCAUAUUACGCGUUCACUACAUAGCAACAGAUAUGCAGCAGAGAACUGGAAGGAGAUAUAGGGAACUGUUGACUGAAGUGUGGAAUGACAUCAAUCCACGAAGACAAUCUUAUGCUAACCUUCUUGCCAACAGAGUGAGAUGGCUCCUGGAAAAAGAGAAAUUUUCGACAACUGAACUCAACUCAAUAAAACAAAGCUACUUACCACGAAUUGAUUCAGAGAUUAGGGUUGAAGAUGAAGAGGUUCCCCUAGAGAGCAGAACUAUCAUUCGAAUGAGCAUCCUACCAUCAAGGAUAGAGCGCAUCUUCAACAAAAACCUCCACAACUACACCGGGAUUUCUCCACAAUAUAGACCUAAGAUUCCAAGGAUGUACGGAUCUAAAAGAAUGCUGGAAUGUAUUCGGAGGGUGGACAGGUUGAUGGAGAGAUAUUUAGAUGUAAACAUCACACUUAGGGGGAUAGUGGACUGCGUUUAUGCUGGAGCGGUUACAGUCGCAGAAGAACUCGGAAUGAAGAUCGGUGAAAUAUACUCAGAGCUGCGUCAGGAAUCUACACCACCAUGGAAGUUGAGGCUGGAAAAGAAAGUUAAGAAUAUUAGAAAAAAAAUCGGUAUAUUGCAUAGUUACCUCAAUACAGAGUCGCAUACCAAGAAGAUCCUUGAGGGCAUACGGCAAAUCGCAUCAGAAUCUCGCAUUAGAACCAGCAGAUCAAAUGAACAACUCAAAGAAAAACUGAUGGCAGUAUGUGAUAGGCUGAAACAAAAAGUUAAAGCUUUGGGUAACCGUAUCAAGCGCUACAACGAGAGAGUCAAAAGGUAUAAAAACAACCACCUAUACUACAAAAACCAGAGUAAAUUCUUUCGCAAUCUUGAGGCCACAGAAACUGCAAAGGGAGUGUAUCCAGAUGAAAAAGAUAUGCAUAAAGCAUGGAGCGAAAUAUGGGAACGUAAGAAGAUGCACGAUGACAGAGCCUUCUGGAUAAAGGAUGCUGAGAAGGAGAAGAACACCUACAGCAUGGAUAAUAUAGAGAUUACGAAGGAGGAUAUUAAAUCAGUCCUGAAGAAGGCUAACAACUGGGCUGCUCCAGGAGCUGACAAACUGCAAAACUAUUGGUGGAAGAACUUCACAUCAACACACCAACGGCUGGUUGUUUUGUUCCAGGGAGCACUCUCUGACCCUUCCACCAUACCAGAAUUUUUCACCCUGGGGCUCACAUACAUGCUACCGAAGGGGAACAUCACUCCGGACCCAAAACAGUACAGACCGAUAACAUGCCUGCCAACUGUCUACAAAAUCUUGACAGGAAUACUUACCAAACACCUGUGGAAACAUGUUAACAAGUUCAAUAUACUAGCGAGUGAACAGAAUGGAUGCCGAAUAGACGCACAAGGAUGUAAGGAACUGCUCACUAUUGACUACCUUAUAACGAAGCAGGCAAAGAAGAAACUGAGGAACUUAUCAAUUGCCUGGAUAGACUAUAAAAAGGCAUUUGAUUCGGUACCGCACUCCUGGCUCUUGAAAGUCCUGAGACUGUAUGGUGUAUCUGAGCAGUUUGUUGGACUCUUAGAACACAUGAUGACAACCUGGAGGACGAAAUUAGUAUUCGGUACAAAGACAACAUCCGAAAUAAAGAUCUUGACAGGUAUUUUCCAAGGCGACAAGCUAAGCGCACUGUGGUUUUGUUUGGCUUUGAACUUCUUAAGCAAAUUACUGAACAACAACAGCUACGGAUACAUCAUUGAUAAUGGAGCGAACAUAAAAAUUACUCACCAACUGUAUGUAGAUGAUCUUAAACUGUAUGCCACAAAUGAAGAACAAUUGAGAAGGCUACUAAGAACUGUAACCGCCUUCUCGCAAACAAUUGGUAUGGAGAUGGGUCUUGAUAAAUGUGCUGUGGUGCAUGUUAAAAGGGGAAAGUUAACACAUGGGGUGUCCAGGACGAAUUAG